AUGACUGUGCUGCUAAAACGGGACACUAAGCUGCUGCUCGGUACCACCGCCAACACGUUUGAUACGUGUUUCUCAUCGCUCUGGACCCUCUGUACCCGUCCCAGUGUUCGUGGGAGACGUUCGGCUAUUGCCACCGGGGGAGGAUUUAAUGACAGAGACGCUGAAGGUCUGUCCCCUCUGAAGCUCUCCGGACAGCUCAACAGCCUGGGCUGCUCCGUCACCUUCCACCAAGGAGAGAGUGUCAGCAUGGUCAAGCUCAUCGAGCAGUGUCAGCUCAGUCUGGUCAUCAUCCAGGUGAGACAGGACACCUCACACAGCCUCUUAUGGACACUCGGCUACAUUUCUGUCAUCGCUCUGGACCCUCUGUACCCGUCCCAGUGUUCGUGGGAGACGUUCGGCUACGCCACCGGGGGAGGAUUUAAUGACAGAGACGCUGAAGGUCUGUCCCCUCUGAAGCUCUCCGGACAGCUCAACAGCCUGGGCUGCUCCGUCACCUUCCACCAAGGAGAGAGUGUCAGCAUGGUCAAGCUCAUCGAGCAGGCACGACACACAACUUACGGCAUCCGCAAGUGCUUCCUUUUCCUGUUGCAGUGUCAGCUCAGUCUGGUCAUCAUCCAGUUCUUUGCCUGUCUAGCUCAGCUUCCUCCUCCCAUGAACACCACUGACAUCCUGUGGCUGUCCUGCUUCAGCUGCCCACUGCUAAGUGUGUCUUUUUUGGGGAAGCCACCAGACAGUUCGGUGAUGACAGUCGCCACAGGGAAGAACCUAGAUGCCAUUCCAAGGAAGACCCAGAACUACUUCCUCGGCUGUUUCCUGUUGAAGUUCGGCCUGACGGUGUGUGCCUACCUGCUGGCCUUUGGGUUCACCCUGCAGGAACUCUGCCUCCGAAGCAGCAACUCCAUCUUAGCUGACAACAGCUCAGUCACCUGCCUUCACCUGCUCACAGCCAGCUCUAAUGCAGACGCUCCUCGCUGGUUCAGUGAGCUGUCCAACGGCCUGCUGCUGACUCAGAAGGUCAUGGCAGCGUUCCUCGUUUUACACACAGUGGUGAUCUCCCUCAGCUACGUGCACCGCUCUCGGCCUCUGUGGAAAAAGAGUCCCCUCAGCAACACCUGGUGGUGUCUCACUGUACCUGUGAUUCUGCUCAGCCAGAUUGUUCAGGCCACAGUGGAUUACCAGUUAUGGCGCGCCCAGGGCAGCCUGCUGACCUUUAACCUGGCUGAUAUACCCCUGCUGGCCUGGCUGCUGGUCUCUCUGUCCCCGCUGCUGGUGGUGGUGGUCAACGAAGUGGUGAAGCUACAUGAGAUACGGGUGCGAGUUCGCUACCAGAAGAGACAGAAGCUGCAGUUUGAAACAAAGCUGGGGAUGAAUUCUCCGUUCUGAUGUGUUCCCAUUUGAGGAAAUUGGAGUUGCGGCAAUACUGGGAAACUAUCAGCUCUGCUGGUAAACAGGGAAGGUCAGGGUGCAAACACUGCAAAACCCUCCGUUAACACUUCAGCCCAACAGCACUGCAACCAUCAGCUGGAGCACAUAUCAACCAAGUGUCAUGGUGGGGGCUCCUUGACACGGAUGUUUUAGCUCCUGGGUCUGUUUAUUUAAAGAGAGUUGAUGUUUUAUUCGAAGGGCAGGGAAAAUUCCAAAGUAUUCAUUUCUGUUUAAUAGAAAAGAGCCAAAAAUAGGCAACUAUUUCUUGUCCGGUUUUAGUUCGUUUUAACGGCAUGAAGAAUGUUUUCUGAAGAGGUUUAUGCUUUCUCACUAUCACAAACUGUUCUCCAUCUCUGGUAGACUUGUGCAUGGUCGCUCUCAUCUCCAGGAAUGCCCCCCGGGCCCCCAACAAAGGAUGUUUUAUUAAAAUUCAUUUUAAUGUCACUAGAUCAUAUACACACAUGGGGAAAAAAUAAGGCUGAAAAGAAAGUAUCAUGGAGCCCCAAAGUGUUCAAUAUUAAAGAAACAAAUGGGUCUAGGUAUCAUUGAGUGAUUUGUCUUUUAAAAAAAACAAACAAACCAAAACACAAUGGUUUUCACUUCUUUUUUUAAAAUAUCCA